CUGAGGGAGGAACUCUGACAACAGAAAGUCAACCAGGAAACAGAAGCUGCUAAACUGACCUGCCGCCACCGUGAGACGGUAUUAACGAUACGAGCCACACAGUUCAAUCAGCAAAGGAUUUUGUUUUUGAUAUAUUAGCUAAUCCAAAGCAGCAACAUGAGUUCCCUUUUUAAGAAGAAGACUGUCGACGACAUAAUCAGGGACCAGUCGAAGGAGCUGCGUUCCACUCAGAGACAGAUCACCAGAGACAGAACAGCGCUGGAGAGACAAGAGAAACAAAUGGAAGCAGAAAUCAAGAAAAUGGCAAAGAGUGGGAACAGGGACGCAUGUAAGAUUCUUGCCAAACAGCUGGUCCAGCUAAGGAAGCAAAAGGCCCGCACAUAUGCAGUCAGCUCCAAAGUCACGUCCAUGAAGACACAGACGCAGGUCAUGAACUCCCAAAUGAAGAUGGCUGGUGCCAUGUCCACCACAGCUAAGACAAUGAAAGCUGUGAAUAAAAAGAUGGAUCCAGAGAAGACUCUUCAGACCAUGAAGGAGUUCCAGAAGGAAAACAUGAAGAUGGGCAUGACAGAAGACAUGAUCAACGACACGUUGGAUGAUAUCUUCGAUGAGUCUGGUGAUGAAGAAGAAUCUCAGGACAUUGUCAACCAGGUUCUGGAUGAGAUUGGCAUUGAAAUAUCAGGAAAGAUGGUGAGAGCUCCAACUGCAGGAAAGGAUAUCCCCAGCGCUUCCUCCUCCAAACAAGCCACCAUCUCUGACGAUGAGAUCGAGAGACAACUCCGAGCCCUGGGAGUGGACUAAAUGUCAUCUUUGUGUUAAUGUGCACAUUAAAAACCUGUGCAACAUUAAUACUGAUUGAUACAGACUCUUUUAGACACAUUGUCAUUGCUCAAACAAUUGGUGCACAUAAAUACACAAAAAUACUGAAGGCAUGCAGGUAAACAGAUGCAUAUUAACACAUUCACUUUCAUAUGUCUUCAGCAGAGGGACUUGCAUAUCAUAAGGGCAGAACAUCUGAUCUAUUUAUACGACUACAAUAUUUAUUUUGAAGCUGGAGUGGCCACAGCCUGAAGGUGGGACAAUAAUAGAUGCUUUACCUAAAGAAUUCAGGACCACCUACGCUGUUGUUUACCUUUGACCAUCUCUCUAUAAGGGCUACAGUAAUAUGAGACCUCACAGUUGGCUUUUUCCAUCUGAUGUUUGGUCAGAACUUGAGUUAGGUGUAUAAUCAAUCAGCAUUUAUGUGGUUUAAGAUGGAUGGUGUUUCUGUAGAAAGUUUUGAUGAGUAAAACAUUUUAAUUAAAAUAACUAAAAGGUUGUCAGAAACCAGAUGGAACUUUUGUAUUUUCCCCUCUUUCUGAUGACUGCUAUAUUUUUGCUGUCAUCAGUGCUUCUGGUUAACUUGAAGCCCAUCUGAUCUACUUUCUAUAAAUCAAAUUAAACUCUCCUCUAUGUUCAAGCUUUUCAAGAUUCUUUGGGAAUAAUUUCCUGGGGUUUUGGACACUGGCUACUUUACUCGACCAUGCAAUUCAAAUGGAAAAAUAAGGAGUCAUCACACAAGCAGAACAUCAAACUAACUGAUCAUGUUUUUACAUUCCUCAGGAACUGGAGGUUAUGUAACACUGACAAACAAAUGCAUGGGAAAUCUAUAACUAAUAUUGCUGCCUUCAGGCUUAGGCAAGGCCUUUAAUUUACUUCAAAUGAAUGCAUGAGAUGUUUGGAUGGAUUGAUCUGCGGCGUCUAAUUUGCACCUCUGAAGUUGUGAUUCUGUGCAGCUUGUGUGAGAAAGCCUAAUGAAACAUAAAUUAGGACUAAGGAAAGAGUUUUCAAAGAGUUCUGAAUCAAUCGUUUGGUACUACUGAGUAAUCAAAUGAGUUUUCUUUUUGGAGUUUUAGCUGUUUGCUGAUUGUAUCUCAUACAUGGCCUGGGAUUUACACAUUGAUUGUAGGAUGACAAUGGUCCUGCAGUCCCUUUCCUUUUUCAGCUGCUAUGCAGUUAAAUGUCAUUUGUCAUUUUUUUAAACUGCCUCACUCACAAACAUGCAAACACUACAGCAAGAACACAAUAACGUGUUUACUAAGAAGACACUGUGAUUAAGGAGAUGUUUUCUCUUCCUCAGAGCUCAAGCUGACUGCUAUGUGCAGUGAUUUGUACAGUGGCAGAGAAAUGAUGUGAAGUCUUUGUCUUCCUCUCUUUCUGGCCUUUUGUUCCCAUAUUCAUCCCCAUUGCCAAACAAGUAGAAUUUUUGCAUGACAGAAACAAUACAUCAUUCUAAAUCAUUCUUUCUAGUCUCUUGUGAAUGUGAGGGAAAACAGUGUUUUAACAUAAUUUGACAUUGUUUGAGUGCAGUUCCAUGGUAAAGCAAUGUCCACACUUUCUAAAAGGUGUAUGUGUACUCCUCUAUGUUUCUUAAGUCAGUGUAAAGUGACGCUGUAAAGGGUGUAUGGCUUUUAUAGGGAAUAAAGUUUCUUCAGGUAUAA